GUUAACAGCCAAAGUUUUCAGAGCGCAGGAAAGUUCGUAGGAGAGGUGACCCAUGAUUCUAACAAGAGUUUUCUUCUCACAUUACUAUCGGGUUCGCAGUCCUAUACUGCGGACUGGAGACACUGCGUUUCUGCUCAAUGUUUCAUGGACGGUUUGAAUAGAUUAUCUCUAACGGAAUACUUGAGAGCCAGGAAUUUAGUCUACGGUUCGCUGCCUGUUCUGCAGUGCUGUAGUUUCAAUGGGCUAUCGGCUAUCUAAUCACAGUGAGUAGGCUGAACGCGAUACGCUGUCUUGUUGUUGCAUAGCCUACUUUUGUAAAGAAGGUGUGAGUUUGUUAGAAUGAAUUGCCGCUUUUGGUAUUAUGUCAUGUAGUCUGGGGUGUUUUUAGAACUAUGAAUGACCCCCGUGACAAGGAUUUAAUACCGAUAUCUCGGAAACACCGACUCAUGGCUGCAGUAAUGCCCGGCGACGAGAGCCCAUUGCAUGGCAACACUUCCAGGGCUGAUCGGAAUGGGAUAGGAUUGGUUCACUGUUUUAUUUGUGGAAGCGGCGUUUCGCCCGGAAAAGAAUUGAGAUUACAAGUGAAAUAUCCGAAAGAGAAUGGUCCGUUUUUCCCGUUUUUACAAAACCAAGAGCCGGCGCCAGGGGCAUGUGAAGUCAGCCCGGAUGGACACGCUAUGGUGUGCGCCGUGUGCCACUGUUUUCUCGGGGAGCAGUGGAACUCGUUCGAGCGGACUAGGACACCCAUAGAGAAGCGUAUGUACUGGCUGAAGAGGCCGUACCAGUGCGACUCUCGGCGGAUACCGCAGGAGUGGAACAUCUCCUAUGACCUGGAGCGGAGAAUCAGUGUCAGCAGCCAGAAUUACGACGGGAACGAGUCAGAUUUCUCCUCUUUCUCGGAAAACGAGAACAUGUCAGACCAAGAACUGGAUUUAGUAGACCGCGCCGGUGUGAGCAAGGAGAAGUACAAAACAUCUGGCAGCAGCAGCAAAACUCCCAGAGACGGUAGCAGGAAGAACAACAACAGUGUUAUCAGUGUUAAAAACAGCCCUGACUCUCAACGGGCUAUCCGCUAUCCGGUUGGUGUUUACCAGGCACAGGACUCGCCGAAAUCGGAUACUGCCAUGCCGUCCAGGCGCGGUGCUAAAAUUAUGAAUCAUGUCUCUCAAUCAUCAGUAUCUCUGUCCCAAGAGAUUGUGUCCCAGAGAUACUAUGACAGCUCUCACGUCGACACACCUGUGCAGGACAACGGGAUCAUUAUGCGCAACAGGCAGUGGCUAGCAGAUGGGAAUGUCAGACAUGCUGACCCGCGCCCUCUCCAACGCGCAGCUGACAGCAGCUGUAGCUUAGCCAGGCAUCCCUCCCUCAUAUUCCACCAGAAAGGAGAGGAUCUCUCUGACUCUGCCGAAGGGCUAUCACCCAUUGGCGCUGCUGUCACCAGUAGGCGCGACGCAGCAGCACCUAGAGAAAGUGUUCCGGGUAGGUUUACAGCCUCUGACAACUCUGACAAUGACCACGAGAUCAAUAUAACCAGUGACGACGACCACGAGGUGUUUGAAGCAGCUGGCAGCAGCAGAGAGAGGGUAUUGGCCCUGCUGAGACCACCCAGGGACGCUGCAGGGAGGGUCAUUGCCAUGCCCCAGAGUGGUGCCAGUGGUGGUGCCAACAGGAGUACCAGUCCCGAAGAGUGUUUGUGUUACAUCUGCGGCAGCGGGCUGUGGCAGGGCGGGAGGUUCCGUGUGUCUGUGCAGAAGCAGGAGAGGGCAGCCAGCGAGCCCUUCUUCCCCUUCCUGUGGUUACACAGCCCUCCCCCUGGCGCCAUACCCCUCACCCCGGGGGGCACCACCCUGGUCUGUGCCAGCUGCCACACCUCCCUCAUGCAGCAGUGGCAGGGCUUCCAGCUGGCCGAUGUGCCCGUUCUCCAGCGCCUCUACGUGGUCCCCCUCAACCAGGGCUCCUCCACCCCUGCACCAGCCUCAGGCCACCCUCCUUACCUCACUCCCCAGGAAAGGCACCCCUCAGAGCCCCUGGACCGCCUACCUAAGUCUCAGGCUUCCUGUGAGGCCUGUUUCCUCUGUGGCCAGGAGUGCAGGCGGGAUGUGAGGGUGGCAUAUGCACGGGCCGGCGUGGGCAAAGCCCGCGGUGCCAUGUAUUUCCCCUUCAUCAACCUGCUGCCGUGCCCGCCUGGUGCCCAGGGAGUGAGGAACGGCCGGGUGCACUGCUGUCCUCCAUGCCACGCCAUCCUGGAGGAGAUCUGGGGAGCGUACCUCCUCAGCCUCAGUGAGGACCUCAUCACCUCUGUCACCUCCUUCCUGGGGAGGUACCACGCAGCGCUGGCCACGGGGGGAGCCGGACUGGCCCAUUCCCAAAAGGGGGUGUCCUCCUCUUCCUCUGGCCAUGGUGGGUCUGUAUCAGUGUGUUACCUGUGUGGGGCAGAGAUAGAGGCCGGGGGGAAGUUCCAACUCCAUGUCAACCCUCCCGGGCGCUGUGGAGAGAGAGAGCCCUUCUUUCCCUUCCUCACCAUCCACCCCCCCGCUCCCCGCGCCAAACCUGCCGACGCCACCGGCCUGGUGUCAGCCUGUGCCCUCUGCUAUCACGACCUGCAUGCCCAGUGGACUCAACAUGAGAGCCAGGGUUCUGCCACCUCCAGCUCUACAGCCCCAGGCCCAGCCUCCUCCACCCCCCAGCCGGCCAGCUCUCCCUGGGCCAGACAGUACAGCUGCGAGGCCUUUGUAUGCUUCUUCUGCAGACAGGAGCAGAGGCGUCAGGGGGGGCUGUGUGCGGUCACAGUGGCCAGGCUGCCCGUGUUCCUGUACGCCCCACGCGGGCGCCGCACCCUCCUGGUGGAUGAUGGGAGGAAGCUGGUGAUUGGCUCGUGUGUGGAAUGUAAGUCCAUGGUGCUGGCAGGACAGAGCAUGCAGCAGGAGAGAGACAGGGACCUGGAGGGACAGAGAGACGGGAGAACAGAGACAGAGUCACCUCCUUCUACAUCACACCCCAGACACAAGACAUCCAGUGUGAUUGAGGGCGUGGCCAGAGUCAGCAAGGAGGCGGAUUCUGCCAUACAUACAUCAGCAGUGAGCGAAUCACAAUCAACGGAACCUGGGGUUGGCCACACCCCUUCUCUACCCCCCACCCUGGAGCCAGAGAGAGGAGACCGCCCACCUUCCAGCAUGAGCCAUGAGCCAAAGUCACCUUCCUUAGGAAUGAUAUCCACGGCAACUCGCACCACGGCGACGGUCAGCCCCCUCACCCCGUCGCCCCUUAACGGAUCUAUCGUAGCCAAUGGGAGCCCGGCAGCCCAGUCCGCACACUCCGGAUUUGCCGCUGCCCUCCGUAAACUGGCCAAACAGGCUGAGGAUCCUCGAGCUGGCUCGUCCAUCAGUAGUGAGUCUUCUCCGGUCUCGUCCCCAGCCACCAACCACAGUUCUCCGGUGAGCACACCCAAGAGAGGCCCUCUGGGCCCAGGGCCUGUCCUGGUGCCACCUGGGGGCCACAGUGUGCCAAGCACCCCGCCCGUCGUCACCAUUGCCCCCACCAAGACCAGCAAUGGCCUCUGGAGGAGCGAGGCACGCCAGACUGACUCGGGCCCUCGUGGGGUCAGUAGGGAGCGUCUGGGAGCAGAGGCGCCCCACCAGCAGGAGAAAGGUGGCUCCUCAGUCCCUGCUCACCUCAUGGGAAACCCCUAUGCCUUUGGCCUGAGCCCCGGAGCUGUCAUGCAGGAUGCACGCUUCCAGCCCCUCAAUCUACCCAGGCAGCUGCCCCAUGGAGUGCCCCCUGGUGGUGUACCAGAGGAGUACCUGCGGGGGUUCCGGCCCUACGCCACGGCCGAGGACCUCCGCAUGCCUUCUGGACUGCCCCUGGGCCUGGACCCUGCCACCGCCGCCGCAGCCGCCGCCUACUACCAUCCCUCCUACCUGCCACAUCCCUCCUUCGCCCCCUACAGGAUGGAUGAUCCGUUCUGUCUAUCAGCUCUGAGGUCACCGUUCUACCAGCUCCAAGGAGGGGGAGGCCUGCCCCCCCUGCACCCCUCUGCUGUCCACAUGCACCUGCAGGGGGUCCGCUACCCUGGGGACCUCACACACGCCUCACUGUCCGCUCUGCAGUCUGAGAGACUGUCUGAAAGGCUCCAGAUGGAAGAUGAGCUCCGGCAGCGAGAGAGGGAGCGCGAGCGUGAACGAGAGCGUGAGAAAGAGAGGGAGCGUGAGGCGGAGCGAGAAAAGGAGCGGGAGAGAGAAAGAGAGAGGGAGCGAGAAAGAGAGAAGGAGCUGGAGCGGGAGAGAGAACGUGAGCGGGAGAGGGAGCGGGAGAGAGAGAAGGAGCGAGAGAGAGAGAGGGAGAUAGAGAGGCAGAAGGAGAGGCAGAAGGAGAGAGUGAUGAGAGAGAAGGAGCUACAGUCCAAGGCAAUGGAGAGUCACUACCUGGCUGAGCUCCAUGCCAUGAGAGGACAGGAGGACAGAACCAAGCCUGAGAGACUCACCCCCAACCGGCCAGACAAAACCAAAGAGCCCACCCUCCAAGCUCCUAAGCCAAUGCCACCAGGCCUCCACUCCUCCCUGAGCCAUUCACAUCACAGCGUUCCCGGCCUGGUCUCCGCCCAUGGCCUCUACCUGGGGCCCGGCGGCGUGGGGGCGGGGCUCACCGCCGCCAUGAUGCUCCAGCGGACCAAUGAGGAAGAGCGCUGGUUGGCACGGCAGCGGAUGCUUCGCCAGGAGAAGGAGGAUCGUCAGUACCAGGUGUCAGAGUUCAGACAGCAGGUUCUAGAGCAACACCUGGACCUGGGACGACCUGGGGAGGGAGGAGAGCUACGCUCAGACACACACAGGUCCAUACCAAAUCACCACGAGCCGGGUGGCCGCGACCUCCACCCCCACCUGGGCGCCCCUCCUCCUCUCAUCUCCCCCAAACCCCUCCAGUCCCGCGACCAUCCCCACCCCCCUCCCCCCACCACCCUGUGGAACCCCGCCGCCCUCAUCGAUACCGCCUCAGACUCACGACGCACCACCCACCACGACCCACCCAGUUUGGGCCACUACGACCUCAGCCGCUUGCCUCCCAAACUGGAGGAUGGGCUCCGGAGAGGCAGGGACCGGGACGGGGGCCUGGAGAAGUACCACCCCCCUCUCCGAGGCCCCCCGGGGCUGCCUGAGCCCAGCACCUUCCUGGCAGAGCUGGAGAAAUCCACCCAGACCUUCUUCAGCCAGCAGAGGGCCUCGCUGUCCCUGCCCAGCCAGUACGGAGAGCUGGGGGGAGGGGUGAAGAGCAGCGGGGCCCUGAAGAACCUCCAGGGGCACCCAGGGAUGGGGAGACAAAGCCAGGCCCAUGGACACAGUCUGGGCCAGUGUAUGGGGCCUGAGUCUGGCCUCAUGUAUGAUGAGUUUCUCCAGCAGCACCGUAGACCUGUCAGUAAACUGGACCUGGAGGAGAGGAGGAGGAGAGAGGCCAGGGAAAAAGGUUACUACUAUGAGCUGGAUGACUCGUAUGAUGAGAGUGAUGAGGAGGAGGUCAGGGCCCACCUCAGGAGGGUAGCAGGGCAGCCCCCUCUCAAACUUGACGACUCCACGGAGAAAGUGGACUUCCUGUGUGUGUUUGGUCUGACCACGGUGUCACGACGUGACCACCUGGUGCAGCAGAAGAGGAGGAAGAGGAGGAGGAUGCUGAGGGAGCGCAGCCCCUCACCCCCGGCUGUUCUGUCCAAACGCACCCCUCCUCCCCCGGCCCCCCUCAGCACCCACUUCACCCCAGAGGAGAUGGACAGAGCCCCCGAACUAGAAGACAAGAAACGCUUCCUCACCAUGUUCAGCCUGUCCCACGUCUCUGUACAGCAGAGGAGAGAUAAUGAGACAGUGGUAGAGUUGCUUCAGGCCAUUAAACAGAAGAGCGUAACCUUGGAUACCAUCAGACAUGCCCCUCACCCCCUAUGUAAGACGCCCCCAGCACAGAACUCAGAUCCUGCCUCAGCGCUUUCCAGCGAAUCAGAUGAGCCACUCAGUGUCAGUCCCUCCUCCCCCGGCGGACUCCUGGGGCAGCCUAAACCCCCCUCCUCCUCUGACGCACUGAGACCAAAGGACCUCCCUCCUCCGCUCCCCUACCCGGAAAAAACCCGUGGGCUCCUUGAGGGCCCCCCCUCCAAGAGGAGCGCGUCGUCCAGCCUGCUGAAUAGCCUGCGCCCCCCCGUGCAGCCUAAAGACGCUCCCCCCAGCCUGAACGGCCGGACCAAGCCCUGGGAGAGCUUUACUGCUGAAGAGUUUGCCCAGCAGUUCCACGAGUCUGUCCUCCAGUCCACACAGAAGGCCCUGCAGAAGCACAAAGGUGGAGCCACAGUGAUCUCAGCGCCCUCUCACCUCCAGGACUCCUCAGUGCACUACAACAUUCCAGAGCUACAGAGCACCCCCAGCCGGCCGCCCCCGCCACACACACACCCGCACGCACACUCCAUCCAACACCCGCACUCACACCCGCACCCCCAGCCCAAUGGGCAGCACUGUCCCCCGCACCCUCACCGAGAGCCCCCAGGAGUGAGGGAGGAGCAGUCUGCACCAGAGGACUCAGAAGAAGACGAGGAAGAGGAGGAAGAGGAGGCCUCAGUACCCAGGUGGCAGGGGAUUGAAGCGAUCUUUGAAGCCUAUCAGGAAUACAUUGAAGAGCAAGGUGUGGAGCGCCAGGUGCUGCAGAGCCAGUGUCGGAGACUGGAGAACCAGCACUACAACCUGAGCCUGACAGCAGAGCAGCUCUCCCACAGCAUGGGGGAGUUGAUGUCUCAGAGACAGAAGCUGGCGGUGGAGAGGGAGAAGUUACAGGCCGAGUUGGAGCACUUCAGGAAGUGUCUGACGCUGCCGCAGCCUCACUGGGCCAGGGGAGGGCACUACAAGGGUUACCCCCCCAGGUGACAGCUCCACUGACUCCCAGGCCCGGCCCCCUCCCUCCCCGCCCACACAGAGUUUAUUUUUAUGACCCAGCCUGGAUCUGGACCCGGAUGCGCAGCUCCACAGGAGAGAGGGAUUCAUGGAUUCAUUGAUAGAUGGAUGGGGCAGCAGGGCCAAGCAGUGAAGCACUGACUGGGGCUGCUGCCAGCCUGCCAGGGACGGUGCCACCAGUCAGUGGUCUGUGCUAACCCUGGGGUCAGAGGGAGCAACAGGCACGUCACACAUGGGGCAAAGCUCUAGGACUGCAUGUUCAACACACACAAACAUACAGAGGCACAAACUCACACCAUGCUCUUCAGCAGGCACCAGUUACUCUCUUACAUUGCAGUCCCAGCCCCAUCCUGGGCUCCCUUCACAGCCACUCCCACACAGACAAUCCUGCAGUCGGAGAGCAGCUCAGCCCUGGAAUGGGUUUGGUCACAUGACAGAUCAUCAUCUACCACCAAUCCAAUGCCCCUACCUCUGGCCAAUCGGACAGGACUGAACCUCCCAGCAUCUCUCCUGGCAGCAGGUCAGGCCAGCUUUCAAACUUGAAAUGCACUUAAAGAGAAAGACCUGAAGAACUACCUGGUGGUACUGUGUUACGACAAAGAACUGUUCAAAUUAAGGAAGAACUUACAAAAUGCACAUUUUGGAAUGAAUAAAGGAAAUGUUUUAUUUCGAGAUGAGAAUAAGAAUUUAAAAGGUGCUUCAGCCUUGUAUUGUAAAUAAUAUUAAGACUAAAAAUAAUUUUGUAUGUUUUUAUUACUUUAAUCAUUGUUCUUUUAAGAAGAAGAAAAUAAGCCUGCCAUUUUUUAUAUAUUCAUGAUUUUUUGGGUGAAACAGAAAGCUUUGCUUUUAGUGUUUGUUCUGCUGCUGGUCAGAACUGCCCUGUUCGGAGGUGUAGAUUAAAGUAGAAAAGGAAAGAGAGAACAUGCUCCGCUCCUCUUCUCCUCUCCUCCUUUGACCCAGCCAUGUGUACUGCCGUAGCAGCAGCCCUCCCUCCCCUGGCCUCCAGGCCCCGUAAGGCUCACUGAGAUGGGGGUAAGACCUAACUCCAUGCCCCACAGCCCUCCCUCCCCUGGCCUCCAGGCCCCGUAAGGCUCACUGAGAUGGGGUAAGACCUAACUCCAGGCCCCACAGGCCUCCCUCCCCUGGCCUCCAGGCCCCGUAAGGCUCACUGAGAUGGGGUAAGACCUAACUCCAGGCCCCACAGGCCUCCCAGAUCCAUGCACUCCGUCAGAACACCAGCCCCACACAGAACCCCUCCUGUCAGGAACAGCAAGUUUUACCACUCUCCCUGUGUGAGUAGUUACCCAUGGGAAAGUGUGAGUGACAGCUACAGUUAGUGUCAUCCUUUAUUUUCUCUCUCUCUUAUUCCCCUUCAGCUCUAGUCCAGGGAUGAGCCCUUAGUAGAACCGAUAACUAGACCCAUCUCUCUGGACCUUAUCAUUAAGUACAAAGGACACAACAUCCAUUAUAAUGAGACAUUCAUAUCAUCACUAAACCCAGAGAGAGGAGGGAACAAUGCAGACAGUACCACAUGGCAAUGUGACAAUGCACCAAGGGAGAUCUAGCGAGAUUCUUCUCCUUUGUGUUUGCCAUAAAAAUAAAUAGUGCCAAAAAGUAGCCCUCCCUUGCACAAAAUAUCAUGAGACUUUUUUAAACCUCAAAAUAGAGUAUUUAAGCUAACUCCCUGAAUUUAAAUGGCCAACCCACUUCUAAAUGUAUUUUUUACUACAUUGAUCCCACUUAUCAUAAUGUCAAAGCCCUUGCCAACAAUUGGAUAAUGGACAAUUUUUUUCUCCACUUGAGGGCCCUCAAAUCCAAAGUCAAUGAAAGGUUCUCUUUUGCCAAGUAUAUGAAUCAUUGUCCUGCUCUGCACUGUGCAUCUAUAGUGUGUUUUCAUGCCUACAUCAGUCCACCUUGCUGCUGGCCAUAGCCAUCUCCUGUGCCUCAGUACCCCUGUUCCCCAGUCUCUCUAUUCCCCUACCUUCUUUCUGUGGGAGUGUCUGGCCUGUAGUUUUGUAAAAAAAAUAAAUAAUGUUUAGCCUUACAAGAGGACCUCCGGCAGCAUAGAUCGCAAUGCAGCGUGGGUAUGUAGUGCUGUCAGUCAGAGUUGAUAAGGCUUUGAGUAUGUAGUCCAAAAGGGGUUCUGUUUGAACUCCAGUCUGAUGCUGUGGAUGUGAGAUGGCAGGGAGGGGAGGGUGGCUGCCGGUCUGGUCCCUACAUCCCUCUUUGUUCCACUCCUGGUGAGCUUUCAGAGGAACACCCAGUUAGGGAGGCGGAACCAUGUUUACAGACCAGAGCAGAGAUACGAUAGGAGCACCACCUGUCAAUCAGACAGCAAGCGCUACCACUGAGUUAAGCAGCCAAUGAGUUAGCGGGAGGACGUUAGGCCCUUCCCCAGAGCCUCCUUACUCUACCACGCACGCACACGCAAUAGCCCCCUGACUCUAUGGAGGAUGUCUAGACUCUAGAUGCUGUGAAACUCUGAUUUUAAAAUGUACUUGUUUGAAUUAAUUGUAAUGUAAUAUAUUAUUUGUUGAAUGUAGUAAUUAGGUAUUUAUGAAUAUAUUGCUGUAAUUUCAGACAAAAAAAUAAAAGAAAAUAUUUGAAAAAUGUA